UCGCCUUGCCCUUCUGAGCAACGCCAGCGUUUAAAAUAAAACGAAACCAAACCAGAGCAAAUAAAUAUGCCUUCUCCGGGUGGGACGCGUUCAGUCUGCGCGUAAGAGAGCCGUGCAAACACUCAAGCGGGACCGGAGAGCGAGUUGCAUGCAGAAUCGACCUAGCCGCGCUUUGCAAAAUAUUAAUAAUAAUAUAUUGAGUAUCGCACAGCUGGGCGCCAGACAAUAAGACAUGUAUUUGUCUGGCAUGGAUUCUCCUGGCGGGGUUAAUUUACAAUCGACAUCAGAAGACGAUGGGAGUUCUCAAGGCACUUCGGAUUCGAAUUUUAAGCACAGUGAUAGGAAGAUGACCCGAAGAGCAAAAAACAGAGCCGCAGCACAGAAAAGCCGACAGAAACACACGGAAAGAGCCGACACUCUGCACCAGGAGCUGGAAAAUCUGGAAAAGGAGAACAGCGCCUUCCAGAAAGAGAUCGCAGGACUGAGAAGGGAGCUGGAGCAUUACAAUAAAGUCCUGAAGGAUCACGAACCAAAAUGCACGCUGCUGCCCAGCUAUGAGGUUCAAAACUUUAGCUCUGGGCUGAGCGCCAGGCACGACCAGAACCUGGAAACAGACAUUCUGGCCUCCAACUGGCCGGACCUUAGCUUUUUAUAUCCAGUGUUAUGAGGAGAGCGGACGGCUCCCGUCGAUGCAGAGAUUCUGAUGUAAAAGCAGUGUCUGGUUUCAAAUGCCGUAGAGCAAGUAUCUACGUUGGAAUUGCUGUUUUAUUUAAUAUAUUCCCCCUGCCCUGUUUUUCCAUGACUUUACCUUGGCGUUGAGCUGCUUUGGGCUUGUCCGGAGAAUCUUAACUGCCGGGCGCCAGAACAGCUUGCCUCGUAGAGAUCACGCGGCAACCCUUUCAACUCCUCCUCGCCUCUUCUCUGGGAUGGGGAAAUGGUGAGUGGGUGGGGCUUGCAGAGUUGAAAGGUCGCACUGGGCUGUGAGGCAGGCAGUUAGGAGCCUCUGCACAAGCUGAAAGCUGCUUGGAGCCAGCCAAAGGCAAGGUUUGAGAGAAUCUUGAUCCCAGCUCAAAUGCCGUCAACCAUUAAGGGGAGAUUGUAAGAAAAGGACACUUGAAACGGUCUCUUUUUGCUGCUCGCUGUCAGCUGUGUCAUUGCUCUAGCGCCGUGACACAAUUUACUUUUGUUUUUUGAUUUUAUUUGUGGUCUGCCGUGAAGUGGAGCUGCCGGUCCAAGAUCAUCCACAUUUGCAGACCAAUAUAGCCAGCAAGCCCGAUCAGCCAAUGGGAGCGGAAAGCAGGAGGGCCUUAUCCAAUCAAGCGACGGGCAGCACGUCGGGGGAACCCGCCUUUGCAGACGAGUGUUCUUUCACUGGGGCGGGUUUCCACAGAGCAGCAGGGACUCCUCGCCGGCACUACAGCGCACCCUACUGGCCCUUAGGGGAACUCAAGUAGACACCUGCAGAGCUUGUCCUCCAGGGGGGCCUGUAGUCUCGAAAGAGGCGACUGGUUUUGGGGGGGUGGUCGGAGGACAUCCCACUGAGCUGAGGUGAAGGGAGCGCUAAAGGACACUAAGUUGGGGAGGGAAAAAAAAAAAAAAAAAAACAACACACACAAUUUUGUACACAAUAACACAACAUUGGUUUCACAUGUAUGCAUGUGCAUAGCAUUAAGUAGCUCACCAGAGAUCUACAAACAAGUCUAGCUGAGGAACUUUUAUAGUGAUAUUAUUGUUUUUAGAUAUUGAAUAUAGAUCUAUAUAUACAUAUUAUAUAUUUUUAUGUAGCACCU